AUGGAUUGCACAGCGACUGAACGAAAUGAAUACUUCUGGAUUAUGCAUACCUUCUUCACAGUUUCCCUUCCAGUCUAUUCAGUUGCUAUCAUUGCAUUAUUAAAAAUCAAAUCUUCUUAUUUUGAGAAGUACAAGUUGUUCUUGAUAUGGCAUACGUUGAUAAAUUUUUCCAUCGAAAUCCUCAAUUCCUGGUUUCUAAACCCAGUUGUUCAUUCACCUCUCCCAAUUCUCAGAUUCACUGGAAUCUUUUCUCAAUUAGGUUUUACAGGUCUCUUCCAAUUUUUUGUAAUUGGAACCAUGAUAUAUCAAACUGCCUACUCAAUUUCAGAAAUGUUUCUAUUUCGUUUUCGAGCUAGUAUGAUUGACUACAAAUCAAAAGUUUUCUAUACCUAUCUCAGAGCAAAUAUUUACAUCUACCGUCUAACCAUAACCUGCUUCCUUACUCUAAACAUAUGUACCUACAAUUUCGCUCUAGAUCAGCAAGAAUCCAACAGACAGAAUAUGAUGCGAAAUUAUCCAGAUUCUGCAAUCGAGAUAACAUGUCCUAAUGUGAUUGUGGCGGCUCCACUCGGUGAUUUAAUUACUUUUUAUAACAUGCUUAUUUGGCUAAUCAUUGUCACUAUCACACUAACUUCCACAUUUGCAACUACAAUCUAUCUACGAAAAAACUUGAAGGAGAAUUCUCAUUUAUCAGAAACUGUUGUGAGAAUGCAGAAAAUGUUAUUGUUCAGCUUAACAGUUCAGACAACCAUCCACUGUAUAAUGUUAGGUAUACCAAAUGCUCUGUUUAUACUAGCCGCAUUUGUCGGAGUUCGAAGCGAAAUCAUCGCCAAACUGUCCUUCCUUAUCUUGACAUUUCAUGGAUUCGCUUCAACUAUGGCAAUGAUUGUUUUGACUCAACCUAUCAAAAAUGCAGUUGUUCAGAUGUUGAAAUAUGGAAAAUCGAAUGGAAAAACCGAAAAUGGAUCAAACGGAAAAAGUUCCACUUCUACUAUUUUUUCAAUGAACAAAUGGAGAGUCGGCCAUGAUUCUCGAUUGAAAAUUCUAUAUUGCUGA